GGCUGCCAAUAACGCUCCAGGCGUCCCGCGUGGGUUGAAAACCGAACUGUGAGGACUGUAACAGUCCUCCUUGGAGUAGGGAGUCGGGAGUCGGGGAGUCCAGCGACUGGCCUGUGGUCUAACAUAAGGGCGGAGCUCGGAAGGGCCAGGGAGUCGGCAAAGCCUUCCAGCCGCCGGCCAUGUGGCAUCCGCUGGUCCCGCUGCUAUUGCUCCCCUGCGCCCUGCUGCCCGCCUCGUUAGCGGCCCCCAUGGGCCACGAUGACGCCCAAGAAAGCUCUUCGGAUUUCCUAGGCCUCCAGAAACUUCUCCAAAGCUUCAGUCGACUCUUCCUGAAAGAUGACCUGCUGCGGGAUCUGGGCCGCUUCUCCGCCCCUGUGGAUUUCCGGGGCCGCCCCACAGACUUCCAUCAAGAGAAGAAUCAGAAGCGCCGGCUGGGGAACAAGACCCUCUCCAGCCACCUCCAGAUCGACAUGGUGACUGACAACAAGACAGGAGAGGUGCUCAUCUCCGAGAAAGUGGUGGCCUCCGUGGAGCCAGAGGGAAGCCUGGAACGUCACCCUAAGGCUCCCAAGGAAGCCCCAGUGUCCACCGGAAGAGCCAUGGGCAGCUUCCACCCAGAAGGCCAACACCACGUGGCCUUCUGGAUCAUUAAGAUGCCACAGAGGAAGUCGCACCAGGAUGCUCGAGAGGACGGUAGCUGGCUAAGCGAGAAGAAACACCGCCUGCAGGCCAUCCGGGAUGGGCUCCGAGAGGGGACCCACGAAGGUGUCCUUGAAGAUGGGACCCAGGACUCCUACUCCAGGCUGCCUGCCCGCAAGACCCACUUCCUGUACAUCCUCAGGCCCUCCCAGCAGCUAUAGAGGUGGGGGUGGGAGCCCUGCAUAGACUCUCCAGGCCUCACCCCCAGCACCACAUGGAAAUAAAGAGUUCUUAAC